AUUAAUGUAGUUUGCAUCAUUAUUUUCAUAUAUAUAUGACCGUUUACGUCCUUCACUGCAUUUAUACUUGUAGAUGUUGAUCUACGCAUAUAUAAUUAUUGCUCGCUUCUAUCGUUAAAUCAGUUAUAGAAGCAAACGUAAUAUGUAAGCUUGUUUUAAAAGUUAGGAAUUAGUAUAAAUACGAUUUAUAAUAACUUUUAAGUAGUCCAUCAUAAUGGCUUCCUCCAUUUGAUUUCCACGUUGCAGCUAAUGUGUCAUUCGUAACAGAAUCGUCGCUGGUAGUUUAAUCCAAACGACCAGAUUGACUGAUUUUAUAAAAUAGAGUCACGUUUAAAGAACUGUAAAUUCAUUUAUCUAUGACGGAUCACAUAAUUCCACAAAAUGCUGUCUUUGCAGUUCAUCCUUUAUAUACCACAUAUGACAUAGUUGUAAAAAUCUCAUAACAAUUCUCAGACAUGCUGUUGAUUGUUCUGUACUGUUUCUAUAGUUGUAUAUUAUUGUAUUGUCACACGGUACACUAUAGUAAGUAAAAACAUUACUGAGAUACUAUAAAAGAAGUAUUCAGCAUUUGUAUAAAAUGCUGAGCAAUGUGAAUCGACCUUUCUUUUUCUUAUUACACUAGCUCGUUGAAAUCUUGUAUCAGUAAUACAGGCGGACUAUGCGGUGGUAAGGUGACCCUUGAUCCAAUAUGACCCUCUGUUCGGCGCAUUUUCUAAUGAUAAUGACUCAAUCGCAUAUACUAAAUUGAGUGGGGGCAAUGGUCAGUACCUCUUAGGGGUUCUGACACGAUAGUAACUCGACGCCACUCGUUGUGAACACUUCUACUUUAUUUCAUAAAACAGUAAUGGAUGAUACAAGAGAACUCAGACCUCACAGAGAUUACCUCGUUAUUGAUAUGAAUCUCACCGAGCUGCUAGAAAUUAAUCGAUUAGGUGGUACAAUGUUGGGAAAUACUACCGCUGUUCGUCGUGGAAAGGAUUCUACAUCAAACUCAGCAAAUGGGGCACAGAGAAGAUUAAUUGAAAAAGCCACAUCGCAGAUAUCCCACAUCGAAUUUAAUUUAAAUUCCAUACUUAAUGAGGAAGCUGAAAUAGAUCCUGAGUGUCUAACAUUAUGGCAACAUCCUAUCAUAACGUUAAACUAUUUCUUAAAGGAAUUGCUCAUUGAUAUUGCUAGUUUAGCAAAGAAAACAUUACGUUAUAGACGGACCGUAAGCAGCGCAGUAUUAAUUGUCAUACUGUUUCUAUUAUUAAGUAGAAUAUCUGGCCCUCAACAAGAUACAUUUAAAACAUGGGAAGCCAAGCUUGUAUGGUGGAUGUAUUGGGUGGGUCUUGGUGUAUUAUCCAGUGUGGGUCUAGGCACUGGAUUACACACUUUUGUACUUUACCUGGGACCUCACAUAGCAGCUGUAACAAUGGCUGCUUACGAGUGUGGUGCACUUAACUUUCCUGAACCACCAUAUCCAGAUCAGAUAGUAUGUCCCACUAAUAUAGAUCCUAACUGGACAGCAGGAGUGCUCAAUAUCAUGAGGAAGGUUCGCGUCGAGGCUAUGCUCUGGGGCGCGGGUACGGCUUUAGGAGAAUUGCCACCCUAUUUUAUGGCAAGAGCCGCUCGAACCAGUGCCCAAAGUGACAAAGAGAAAGACUGCGAUCAGGAAGACUUAAAAGAAUUAGAGGCUCUUGAAGCAUUGGAGAGUGGCGAAAAUGUUCCACUUGUGAUGCGCGUUAAGCUAGCUAUGAAACACUUUGUACAAAAAGCUGGUUUCUUGGGGAUACUUGCUUGUGCUUCGAUCCCCAAUCCACUAUUUGAUCUUGCUGGAUUAACCUGUGGCCACUAUCUCAUUCCAUUUUGGACAUUCUUUGGAGCCACUCUUAUCGGAAAGGCCGUAGUCAAAAUGCAUAUACAGCAACUCGCAGUUAUAAUAGCAUUCAAUGAAGAACUCUUAGAUAAAUUUAUCAGCCUUCUGGCUGUCAUUCCCAUUGUGGGUUCGAAGUUCCAGGCUCCGCUCAAGAAGUAUCUCGUGGAACAAAAACAAAAGUUACACGACAAAUCUUCGACGGAAGGAACAGCGACCAUUUCCUGGUUAUUUGACAAAUUCGUCAUGAUCAUGGUGUGCUACUUCUUGGUGACGAUAAUUCACGCGCUGGCGCGCAAUCAUCAUCGCAGACGUACCAAGCCGUCGUCGGAUUGAGAACUAGCUGUAUUAGGAUAAAAUAGCUCAAAAAUAGAGGGAUGCUGGGGCGGAUCGAAAAUGGUCGGGUUAAACAGAAAAAAACGUGAGUUUCGACGCGAUAAAGAAGUAAGAUAGUGCAUUGGAAUCGUGCUACUCUAACAGACUUGAAUGAUUAUGACGAUAAUGACGAUUAUGGUGAUAAUAGAUAUCUGCCAGUGUUCUACGAAGGCUGAGAAAAGGAGACAUUUCUUAAUAUCGAUCUAUUCAAUGAGUAAAUAUAAUUUCACAAAUAUCUUCAGUGAAUCAGGACUUUUAUAUACGGUUUAAUUUUGCACUCUUCUACUGAUUGCCAUUAACAAACCAUAAAUAAUAAACUAAUAGAUAAACUUGUUAAGGUGUGUCUCGCCUUUCUUGCCUAAUUUUGUAUCUACUAACAUUUUGAUAUUUGCGUAGAUAGGAUAGCUAGGUCUAUGCUUAAAGAAAUGGAAAGCAUAAGAUUUGCGUAAGAUCACAAGAAUACUUGCAUAAUAGCUAACGAUUCCGUGUUAUUUUGAGUCAACUGUAAUGAAGUAAAUUGAAACAAAGAAAAAAAAGACAGUGAUACGCGCACCGAAUUUUCAUCGUUGUGAGUAUCAUAUGUCAUGUGCUUCUUAUUUAUUGUCCAUGUAUGCUAUAUGAAUUUAAAUUUAAGGUGGAAAAACGUGUUUAGAUACAACUUUUGUUUUCUUGCUAGAACAUAAUAAUAAAUAGGAGUAGGUAUAAAAUAGAGAUGGACAGGACUUUCUACUUGUACGAUUGUGAUCGAGGUCUUUGUCGAGUAAAUAUUUAUACAGUAAGUAAUUUUUCGGCGAAUCCUAGUUUCUUUUCUUAUUCGCCAAUAUCAAGACGACGACCUUGAUCCAGUUUCACAUCGCCAAGUGUGAAGUCGCAAAGACGUUGUGUAUUCUAUGUACCGUAAAGCGCUCGCUUAUUUCUUGAUAUUAAAAUCCUAUUUUACAAGGGAUUUGAAAUGAGCGAUGGAAAAAAAAGACUAUUCCACAUGUGUAAAUGAUCACGUUUAAAGUUACGAUUGUAAAAACAGAAUGGAAAUCGUAUUAACAAUCAAUGUGAUUGGAAUUUUUGAAAUCCUUAUUGCCCAUAUUCUUUACGGUAGUCAAACUUAUAUACAGAGGAAAUCGAUCAGGGUUGUGUGGUGAACGCCAGUCAAAAGUACUAGUACUGUAUCUUUAUACAAAUAGGAAGUUGCACUAGUCUUUUGUUCGAAAUUACUAACCGUGUUCAAUUGUUAUCACGGUGGAUAAUGAAGAGAUAAACACUUGGAAUUGUUAAUGGGUAACUUACAUGGAUUCUUCAGCAUCAUUUGUUCUACAUUGCAAAUUGAAUAUUGUCAAUAAAUAUCUUGCAACACCAUGAUAUUCCUUUUGUAUGUCGCAUAUUGGCGGUACAGUAAAUUAUUAAGAUUUAUAUGAUAUAAUAAGCAUUCCAUACUAAAACUCCACAAAACUUUCCAUUUCUCAUUCAAGUUCAUUUGUACUUUCCUAUACAUUAUUUGCGACUUGUACGAGCCGCUAUUAAUCAAUCUAUACUGUUAAUAGACAUUCCUGUAUACCUUAGUAUUGGAACAGACAUGGUUGUACCCUUUUUUUAUAUUUUCAAGACGUAGAACUCAUGUAAGCUUCCCAUUACAAAAGGUUUCAUGUUACUUGUAAAUCCGAAGAAAGCUUCUGUGUGCUAAUACCUCUGUGACGUCAAACCUUGUGUACUGAGUCUUGUCAGUUUCAUUGUGAAAAGUAUAUUGUAUUUUGUUGUAAUAUCUUUGGCAGAUUCUUAGUGAUUACCACAUGGCAACAAUUGUUCAGAUGGACGUGUAGUACUUUAUAGAAGACAUGUAGAAAAGUAGAUUUGUGGAGAAACAAAAGUUUUAAACAAUUUUCCUGUACAUGUAAGCCAAUAUAAGUACUGUAAUGCUUAUGACAAUCCUCUUGAUUAUAGUACUAAUGAAGGGAAAAUGGUUCAAUGUUUUAAAAAAAACUACAAGCAUUUUGAAAUCUGCUCAAGAUAUUUCUGUGCAACAAUAUAGAUCAGUUAAGUGCAGAUUUGGUUUCAGGGUUUGAUGCUUGAGGGGUAAUCAAUUUUUAAACGAUUAUUGUAACUCACUUACCUCGGCUGUACAGCAUAAUAUUGUCAUUUAUUGCCAAACUUUUAAUAAAUCAAGUUAUCAAAGGAAUGACUGACA